GCUAGAAAAUCUGAUACUUGUGCUGAAAUACUUUAAAAAUAUCACUUUCUAUGUGUAAAUGAAUGUAAGUCUGAUCUAAUUUUAAUUUUGCAAUUACCUCUUGUGCAUUAUCUUGUUCAUUUAUUAAAAUACUCGAAAUAAAAUUAUAACCUAUAGAUUUUGGAACAAUACCCAUGGGCUGGAUUAAGAGAGACCUAUUUCAUCAAGAAACCACAGUAUCUGGGUUUGUAUGGGUACCUCAACCACAAUUUCUGGACAUUAUACUGCAUCCAGGAAAACUCCCUGACAACAUUAUUGAUGAAGUUCCAUCUUACUGCAAUUCAGAACUCAUCCAGCAAGGGUCUAGGAUCACACUAACUGUUUAUGAUCCAUUCCUGGAAACACAGAGGCAUCAAGACCAGCAAGAAGAAGAAAACAAUGACUCUUUGCGCUACAACAAGGAGGAGGAGGACUGUGGGAGAUUUGAAAAGGGAUCAUUAAGGACAAAUGUGGAUUGCUCCCAGUGCAGCAGAGGAGUGAGGCCAGAGAUAAGAAGAAAGACCAGAUCUUCGUCCUCUGAUGACCACAUUCUAACUGUACCAUGGGUUGCCCAUAAUCCGUCUGUGGCGUUACCAGAUCCAGCUAGGGUAAAUGAGGCUUUUGAUCUGUACAUUGAUGUAAUACGUUAUAUUCCAGACAAUGCAACCAUCACCAAGGUAAGAAAUGAAGUACAUGUGGUGACAACUUGUGUGACUGGACGGCUAAUACAUUCCGGCAGGGAUGAUGUUCCUGACGUUUUGGCUUUUCCAGUAAUCACCAGCCGAGCAAGGUGCCCAGAGUUCCGCUACCGUAUGACUGUAAACGUGAAAGGCAAAGUGACUCUAGAUCCCAAUGCACUUGUUUUACUUAGAGUGAACACAGUUGAUUCCGACACUGGCAAACUGUCUGUUAUAGGGAAUACUGUGGUUUCCUUGUUCAAUAAACAUGGAGAUUUAAAUGUUGGAGGAUUCCAGCUCAAACUGAGAAGAGGGAUGCCAUCAAAAGGUCAGACUCUUCUCACUGCAUCAUCUCUAAAUCAUCAUCCUAUGAUUCCCUGCUGCAGUUUAUUAAUCCGACUUUUACCACACACACAGGAUCCUGUGCCCCCUCCAGGCUAUUUGAGUGGAUUUUACUUCACAGAGGAUGCAGAACCAAAUAAAUCUGAGCUGGAAAUCAUUUCAUCCUUCCAACAGGACAAAGAAUUCACAGUCUCCGUGGGUGACACAGCAGCAAGCCUAAUGAGCAAGGAGCAGACUGAAGUUCCCUGUGAACAGUGGACAGCCUGGUAUGAGGAAAGACUAGAUGAGAGGAAGCAUCUUCCACCUCAGCAGCCACUAGAGCACCUCAGUAUAAUCCACAUGGUUCGGUAUCGGCAAAGAGCUGGAUUACGCAUCCGAAUUUCCCAGGUUCAUGGAUUGAAACGAGAUGGCUCUUAUGCGAAUGCUUUUGCCAGACUCCUGAAAGGAGGCAGUGCAUUGCAUUUACCUGAGAUAGCAGAAUUCAGUGGUAAAGAUGAGAAAUUCUUGACCCGUAAACAUGACUUUGCCAGCCUUCAGAGAUCACCUCGCUGGGUAGAUACAUCUCAAGUGUUACAUCCAAAUUGUGAUAUCCACAGUGUGUUGCUCGUCCAGAUAUUCAGCAUCAAUGUUGUGUACACUCCUGACCGUAGUGGUCAGGAACCAGGCCAGGUCACAUCACGCUCAGGAGGCGAGCCAGAACCAAAUGACCUGCUACAGCUUGGGUGGUCAGCAAUCCCUCUUUUUGAUGGCCCUUAUGUGAAGACAGGAGUUCACAAUGCUCCACUUUUUCGAGGCUCUCCACAUGCUAAUUUUCUGGAUUAUGUGAUUUCACAUUCUGUGAAAUCUGCUGUGGAUGAGUUCCUGCACAAAAAAUGGUUAAAACUCACGAAAGAAUACAGCAGUAUUACAAUAGAAGUGUGGGACGGACAUUACUUUGAUGAUGAACGCAUUGAUUUACCGGUUAUUAAUGAUCUUCUCACAGUGGAUAAAACUAAUAAAUUUCUAAAAGUGCAAUCUAACAAGAAAGGAAAAGAUAUGACCCAGCUUGUCUUGCAGAGCUUGGAUCACAGAAUCCGGAAAGCUGGAAGAAAUCACCCAGAAUACAAUCGCGAGGAACAGUUCUUUGAAGAAGCUAUGGCAGAGACGUUCUGCAGGCUCGUGGAGUCAGCACUAAUGACGACAGGAUAUGGACCUCUCUGAACGAUAGCCAGAUGGAGUAUGGUUUCUGCAGUUGUAAAUGCACCACAUGUAAAUUUAAUGACUUGAAAAGGAUUUGUAACCUUCACGUAAAUGAUUCUUCUAUUAUACUGUAACUAGGAAAUUUUACCUGCAAUGUUUAUGUUUUAAGAGGCCGUGAUGUUUCUGUACCAGUUUUUAUUAUUACUUGACAAAAGUUUUACUGAGAAUAUGACAUGCCAAACAAGCAGGGACUUGCUUGGAAAAGCAAAAUACUGCAAAUCCUGGAUAUCUGAAUUAAAAGAGAAAAUGCGGAAGUACUCAGCAGUGGAAAGCAGCUAAAAUGGAGAGAAAUGUAGAAUUAAUGUGUCAGAUUCAUGGUCUUUCAUGAAAACUCAUCAGGUGACCUGCUGCUUGCUUGGAGGCAAUGACCACUGAUUUAAAUGGGACGAUUUUAACGCAGUGCGCUAUCAGCAAGGCAGAGUUCAUGGUUACACUGUGGCAACACCUCUGAAAGAGGUCAACUUAACCCCAUCAAGCUUCUGAAGAAAUCAAAAUCAGACUGGGACAGGAAGAUAGGACAUUGCAAGAAAUUUCUUUUAUUACUUUCUCUGUCAAAACCCUGUUACUUUCCCAAAGGAUUGUCAAGAUACAGGAAUUUACAGAUGAUGAAAUGGUGCAUUCUCAACACCAAGCUUGCAUAUCAACUAUUAGUGGACAUUCUGUUGAAAUGAUUUGGAAAGGAAAUCAGGGAGCUUCACUGACAGAUGUGCCUUCCAUCCCACAUACUUUUUAGUUAUUCACUACACAAGUAAUUCAGUACAUAUGGGUGUCAAUGCAACAGCAUCUCCCUGCAAUAGUGGUAAGUGGGUGAAGCUUGAAAACAACAGACAAAGCUUAGCAGAGGCCAAGCUGGACUAGAGAAAUGGUGAGAGAAUACGACUGCUCCGUUGUCAUUUCUUUUUACUAUAAUGUAACUAUCAGGCAGGAGGUAAACUUGCAAAAUAAUUCUCUGAGGCUCUUUUAAAAACAAAAAAGAUGAAAGUACCAUUCUUAAUCUUCAUAUAACCCUGCGCAUGUAAGUUGUUUAUUUUCUAUUUCUCUCAUUGUGUUAAGUCUGAGACUCAGUAAUUUGUCUUCAAAUUGCCGUCUGUGUGAGAUGAAUGUAUGCUUUAUGGACUGGGGGAGUUAAAAGCUUAGACUCGGUAGAGGGUCACCAAUGAUAAACCUUACUGGAGGCAAAAUAGAAAAAUUAAAAAAAAGGUCAAGGACAGAAUAAAAUGCUCU